UUCACAGGAAAAGCUGUGAAAGUUUUAGUGACUUUGUUCGUAAAUUCGCUAGGUGGACUUGAUGAAAGGGAAAUGGUAAGAAACGAUUCACUUUACUAAGCGUCCAAAAAGUGCAGUGACACCAUCCAGGAUGCGCUUUGACUUCAAAGCUGUCGCUAAGCGCGCAGCGCAGUUAACGCGAGCGCAUGCGCGCAGGAGAGACAAAAUAACAUUUUAAACUAGCUCUACAAUUCUCUUUCAAAGGCCGCGCGCUUCCAUUAAUCGAGCCGACGUUUUACCGGUCAUAUGUGCGAAGAACACAUGGGUUUUCACACGCUGCGCUGUUAACCAGCAACGACUCUUCGAUAGAAUGGUCACACUUUAGGAGUCUUUUCACAGGAUUUACAUUCUUUUCCAUGUGAAAACGCUCUUUACGUUAGUAUUAUUAUUAUUAUUAUUAUUAUUACUAUUAUUUGCAGUUUUGUCAACAGACACAAUAGUAAAAAAACUGUCAACUAAUCUUUAAGUUUUUAGAAUUAGGUCAAAAGAUUAGGAUAAGAUUAGGAUUAUUUCAGGGAUAAGUUUGACUUUGGAAAGCAAGUAGAGAUAAGCUUGAUUAGUCCUUCUUAUUGAGUGAACAAUACAUUGGGUUUUUUCAGGUUUUCUUGUAUCAUUACUGCUUUCUCGUUUUGAUUUGUACUAAAUUUGUUCCUCACAUGUCUCAUUAAAGCAAUUUGAGAGCACAUUCUUCAUGAGGCAGUUGUGGCAUGAUUCACGUCUUCGAUAUGAUCAGUUUUACUCCAAGAGAAAUUUGACGCUUAAUGGAGACAUAAUGAAACAAAUCUGGAUCCCAGACACGUACGUCAACAACGAAAAAUCCAAAGUGGCUCCUGAACAGGAGUUCCUUCUCACAAUUUUUCCUGAUGGCAGGAUUAUUUACAGUCAAAGGUAAUCUGUUAACUUAUACAGCCAACACAAAAAUUUGCGAUGGAUUGGUAUUCGUUUGUUUAAAUUAGACUUAGCCUCACAAAAAUCGCUUCAGAAAAGGUAUAAUAUAAAUUGCGAGCUCAAGAACGAGGAUAGUAAGGCUGAUUUGAAUAUGAACGAAAGAAUAUGAAACUAGUGGCCAUAUAGACUAAAUUAAGGUUUAGAUUAACUUAAAAGUUUAACCAAUCUACUUCUCCCUAGAAAUUUAGUCUCAGGCAAGAGACGGCAUUUUCCAUGUUAGAUUAUCAUACAGUCUCCUUCGUACCCAGUCUAACACAUACUGAACAGUCUUUUUGCUUUCUCCUUCCCGCUUAAUGAGAGAGACCUUAAUAUGCUCAGGUAGACCUUCUUCUCUGCGAGUAACCUGCCACAAAGUCAUUAGUAUAGCUCUUGCCUAGUCCCUGUACGCCGUCUUCUCGGCCCCUCUCGGUCAAUCCAUUACUUUGAUGUAGCCGACCCAAACUCGGAUCACGUGAGCCGAAACGAAUAGGCUCUGCGGAAUAACGAGGCCUAGGGACUAGGUAAUAUCCGAUCCAAAGCCGAUACCAUCCGAUGACGAUAUAUUUCAAAUAACUCUUUCGUCUGGCACUCGCAACAACUUUGUGCGUGUAUCACGCUUUUUUGUACAUUUCUUUGCCGUCGCCGCGCAACCACAACGUGAAAGUGUCUAAUUUUACGUUUUGUCGAGGACGUGAACACAAGACAACGACUUUCUUUUUCUUUGCCUGAACUUUUGAUACAGUAUUUUAGAAUUUGUCAAAUGUUGGGAAUUUAACUUCCCAACAUUGGACGAAUUAAACAAGGUGGUAUGAACGCGAUAAAAAUUAAAGUAGCGCAAAUUCACCUUCUAAGCGAAGUUUUGGUAGCCGUCACGUUGUUGCUUAAGCUCCCCAUUGUCGAAUGAGAUUUACGUAAUGUUGUUUGUUUGUAGGUUGACUGUGAUUGCUGCUUGCAAAAUGGAUCUACGUAAUUAUCCCAUGGAUAAACAAAAUUGUAGUCUACUUUUUGAGAGUUGUAAGUAGAAAAAAAAAAAGCUAAAUAAUCUGAUCUUGUAACUAGAGAAUGACUAACACCGGGAAUUCGUUUAUUGCAGGCACACCUUCCUCGAUCUGCAGAAUUCUUCAUUUGCUUCUCAGCCUCAUUCACUAAUUGCUAUAAACUAAUGUUUAAUGAGUGUCUUUAUAUCUGAUGUAGGCACGGCUGAACUUUAGGUCCAAUCUUUUAGACCAAAACAACCCCAACCACUACGCUCGAAUUUUUAACCAUUGACAAAACACUGCUGUUCAUGCUUUAAAAAUCACAUAAACAAUGACUGCCUUCUGUUUCAGAUGGUAUGACGACAGCUGACUUAUAUUUCAAGUGGGAAAAUGUAAGCAGGGACAUGAAGUCAGCUGUAUCGAUAGGAGAAGAGCUUAUCAUGUCACAGUUUGCAGUGGAUGAUUUUACCGUUCAGGAGAUAUCCGCCUCCUACGUCACAGGUACUUCCCGGCUUUUUUUGAGGGUUUUCGUUUCUCUUUUCCCUUCGCCAGUCAGGUAUUGGAAAUUAUAAGACUGAGAAUAAGCAUGGAACACGAUGCAUUAUGGGAAGGAAAUACCCUAUGAUAUUAAGGGGGCUCUCUGCGGAUUAGUAUCUACAUUCCUGGUCACAAUUGUUGAAACGCUUUUAAAUUCCUCCUGCCCUUCCCUAUUUAAGGUUGAUUUCAUGAUCAUGUCACAGUUUGCAGUGGAUGAUUUUACCGUUCAGGAGAUAUCCGCCUCCUACGUCACAGGUACUUCCCGGCUUUUUUUGAGGGUUUUCGUUUCUCUUUUCCCUUCGCCAGUCAGGUAUUGGAAAUUAUAAGACUGAGAAUAAGCAUGGAACACGAUGCAUUAUGGGAAGGAAAUACCCUAUGAUAUUAAGGGGGCUCUCUGCGGAUUAGUAUCUACAUUCCUGGUCACAAUUGUUGAAACGCUUUUAAAUUCCUCCUGCCCUUCCCCAUUUAAGGUUGAUUUCCAAGAGUUUAUGCUCAACAAAAAACCGUGACACCAAUAUUGAGGAAGAAGAGGCAAACAAUAACUGUACAAGUUCGUGGAACGACAUAUAGUUUAUCUUAUUUUUUCCGGAAGUGUUUCCCUCAUAAUUUAUGACCGAGGUUGGAGCACGUAGCUUUCCUGCUAAGAAAAUCUAAACAUAUUAUUCAAUUCAGCUGAUGACGAAAAGUCUUACGGCUAUCAGAAUGGAUGUACUUUACCUUUUCAUUUCUAUUCCAGGAACUUUCUCUAUGCUGAAAUUAACUUUCCACAUCAGACGAAAGAAGUUUUACUACGUCGUUUCGAUAUACAUUCCCACAAUCCUUAUCACCAUUCUAAGCUGGGUUUCCUUUUGGAUUCCACGUAGCUCACCUCCCGCUCGGGUCGCCCUCGGAAUCACGACAGUCCUGGCCCUGACGACUCUAAUCUUCGGACUUCAAUCGUCGAUGCCAAAGGUGAGCUAUGUCAAGGCUAUUGACUGGUUUCUCUGUGUCUCCUUCCUCUACGUGUUCGCCGCCUUGGUGGAGUAUCCGAGUUCCACUUUCGUCACUUCUCAAGCCAAGAAGCUGACAAGAAAGGGGACCGACAUCCUUCGAAAGGUGAAAGGCCUGAAAGAUGAUCCUGAAGAUUUUCCGCUCUCGGGGACUCGAUAUGGCAGCACCGACAAACAACGGGUGAGUGAAACUCCACCCUGUCAAACUUAGCCUGCGUCGUACUAGUAAUUCAACAUCAAUGUGUUGAGUUAGCCAUACCAGAGCAACUUUUCUCUUUAACACAAGCUAAUCAAACCAGUCUUGUGUUUGCAAAGCAGAGGCACUAUUCUAAUUUGUUCAUUAAUUGCAAAGAAAUACUCUUCAACACCAACAAUUUCUUGAAAGUUACGCAGAUCUUUCGGAACCGCCAUCCCGAUCCCUUUAUCAAUGGUUCAUGAUGUUAUUAAAUAUCUUACAGAAUGUGCUGAUCUGUCACAUACUUAGCUUUUGACUAUAUGUGUGUGACAAAAAAGAUCUCUUCGGUAAAAACUUGCUUAAGCUUAGAGUGGACUCGUUUGCGGCAUACGUUUACAGCCAUCGCAUUUACCGCUUGGUAUGUUUGUUGUAAACUAAAAAAAUAAAAAACUACAAAAGGUGAACGACCACAACAAACUAACGUUAGAUGUUGACGCUUAACUGCUUCAAGAACUGAUAAAACCUGUGACCCUGUAAGUGUCCCUAGCAGGGGCGGAUCCAGGAUUUUUUUUAGGAGGAGAUGCACUCGUCUCUUGCUCUACUUCAACACCAAUAAACCCCAUAGUUUUUUUUUGCAGAAUACCAGUUGUAUUAGAAAACCGCAGGUCAUCUCAGGAGGAGGGGGGGUGCGCACCCCCUGCACCCUUCCCCUAGAUCCGCCCAUGCCCAGCUAACUGGAGACGGACACUUUCUACGUCGAAUGGGAAUUUGGGCAUGUUAGUUUUGAGAAAACCGGGAAACCGGAGUACCCAGAGAAAAACCUCUCGGAACAAACCAGACUCAACUCACAUAUGACGUGACCUCGACCUUAGCCCGGAUCACAUUCGUAAGAGAUAAGCGCUUUCACCACAACGCCAUUUCUAUUAACAAGUUCUCGCCUGCUUUCGUAUUUUUCAGGAGGACAGUUCUGAUCUUCGAAAGCUUACGAGGAACAAAACCGGACACGCGAACGGUGGUUUUGAACAUUCACAGAUGGAAAACAGCGUGGAUGGAGACCGCGACCGCACCUACCCUAGGCAGAGACAUUCUUCUCAAAAUCUACUCGACGAUGAAGACGGGGAUUUUGUUCAUAACUUUCAAGGCAUUAAUGUUGUGGAUAAAUUUGCAAGAAUUGUAUUUCCUGUUUCGUACCUUCUAUUUAACAUCUGUUACUGGAUUGUUUAUUUAUCUGCGUGA